UCUUAUCGUAAAUAUUUUAUCGUAAAUAUUUUAUCGCAAUGCUAGCUAGAAAUUGCGACAGUAGCAACGAAAGAAGUAUUAUAUAGGCGCCUUUUUGCUUUCCUAUUUCUUUUUCUCAAGGUUUAGAUAAAAGCAGAAUUGUAAUAGCGAUCAACAUCCAAUCGUUGAAACAAACGUCGGGGAAUGUCCGACCUUCCAGAAUCUUUUGACCGGCCUGUCCAUAUUGCCGUCAUAGGCGGUACUGGGCUGUACAAGAUUGACGGUUACACGCCCAUCGCCCGCGUCAACCCCUUAACGCCCUGGGGCUAUCCAUCCGCUCCCAUCCUGAUCCUCGAGCAUAGCGGCGUGCUCGUGGCCUUCUUAGCCAGACAUGGUGCUUACCACCAAUACGCCCCCCAUGAGAUACCUGCGCGGGCCAAUAUCGCAGCUUUACGCCGAAUUGGUGUGCGCUGCGUUGUUGCCUUCUCCGCCGUAGGUUCCCUACGCGAGGAGAUCAAGCCUAUGGAUUUUGUCGUGCCGGACCAGGUUAUUGACCGAACCAAGGGUAUCCGUCCCUCAACUUUCUUCGAGGGUGGGCUUGUCGGCCAUGUUCCCUUCGGCGACCCCUACGACGACAAGAUUGCUCAGAUCGUACGUCAAUGCGCAAAGUCUAUGCAGGGGGAUGGUGUGGUAUUACACGGCAGUGGAACUGCGAUUUGCAUGGAGGGGCCACAAUUCUCGACACGCGCCGAAUCGAACCUAUACCGCUCCUGGGGGGGUUCCGUGAUUAGCAUGUCGCUGCUACCAGAAGCUAAGCUGGCGAGAGAAGCAGAGAUGGCGUUACAGGUCAUCUGCAUGGCUACCGACUAUGAUUGCUGGCACACUACCGAAGAUGUUGAUGUGUCCAUGGUUAUGCACUAUAUGGAGACCAACAGCAAGAACGCCCGCCGGCUAGUGGGUGCUGUGCUAGACGAAUUAUGCAAACGCGAGAACAGCGACUUGGUGACUGCAAAGCACUGGGAAGGCACUAGCAAAGGUGCCGUAAUGUUCUGCACGAAACCCGAAGGACGAAAUCCGGAAGCCUUAAAAAAGGUUAAGUACUUAUUUCCAGGCUUUUUACAAGAGGAAUAAUGGGUUAAAGAUUAAAUCGCGCAUAAGUAGCAAUUAGUGUUAAACCUUAUUUAUGAGAAAAAAAUAUUAAAAAAAUAGGAUUUUACUUUUUUUAUAUAUAAUAAUUAUUUUAUUAUAAUUUUAUAUUAUAUUAAAAAUUUUUAAUAAAAUAUUUUAUUAAUUAA